CAGAACGUAAGCAAGUGCUUGAAGAUUCUCAAGUUUUAUUGCAAAGACGAAGAGGAGCUCACAUUUGACAUUGUGGACUUAAGUUUAUGUGCACCGAAUCUCCUUUUCAAGUUUGUUGAUACAAUGCAGGAUGCUUGGAAUCUGGGACACGCGGGACGCAUAGGCUACUUGGAUGCCAUUGCAGAAUUGGUGAAUUGUCGAAAAGUGAAUGGAGCAUCGGAAUCAGUAUUGAGAGGGCUGGCUUCAACAGAAAUUUACUUGACAAAAGUGCGCAAAAUCGUUUCCAAAAUGAUGCGGUUGCAGUAGACCAGUGAACUGGACAUCGAUGCCUUAGAAGCCAAUGGGCACUCCACCACACUAGAAGAACUUUUGGAAGUCGUGGGGCGCUACUUGCCGCGCUACGAGAUCGUACUGAAAUCAUGUAAGGAGAAACUGGGUGCUAUUUUGCCAAUAGAUUUAUCUUUUGCUACUAAAUUUUUGGCCGUCUAUUUAUUUAUCAAGGUUAAGGGUUCGCGCCCCAUGACAUAUCAGUACUUAACGGUGGAAAUGGUGAACAAAGCCAAGACUAACGGUGGAUUUAUAGACCAGAAAAUGUUCAAAGCGGCUGGAAAAUUUGGCUUCGAUUCUCUUUACCUGACUGAGACGGGCAUGCAAGUUUUGGAUGGCUACAUCAACCACAUUCGCCCCCUACUCAGACCGACCUGCGACUUUAUAUUGGUGGCAAGAAAUGGAGGGCAGCGCAAUAAGCUGGGAGAGCUAAUGAGUAAACUGGUCUUCGAUGCAACGGGCAAAUACGUUCACCCAACUCGCUAUCGACUGAACGUGGAGACUGCGAGCUGCAGGCAGCUGAGCAGCAGAGCGCAGAGCACAAUCUCCGAAGACCAGAAACAUAGCUCUGUUGUUGCAAGGGUUCACUAUCAGAAGCAGCGAUCGCGCGAGUUGGCGAGCAAAGCAAAGCAAUAUGGUUCAUUAUUAUAUGGAGAA